UUUCUUUUCUUUUCUUUCUUUUUUUUACCCUUACCUUCAGUCUUAGUUUCAAUUCUAAGACAGAAGAAAAGGAAGGGCUGGGCAUUGGGGGUUAAGUGACUUGCCCAAAGUCAUUCAGCUAGGAAAUAUCUGACAACAGAUUUAAACCUAGGACCUUCUAUUUCUAGGCUUGGUUCUCAAUCCACUGAGCUAUAGAGCUGCCCCACCACCCCCCACAUGCCUUUUUAUCAUUAAUAAGUAAUAAUCACAGUAAGAUUUUAGUCAAAUGUGCAAUAGUAAAGAUAUCAACUUAAGUCAACCAGCAUUAAGUCAACCAGAGCCUACUAUGUGCCAGACACUAGGCUAACAAGCAAGGCAGAAACAGUCCCUGCUUUCAAGUUUACAAUCUAAGGAGAAGAGAUAUGAUCUACUUUGGAGUAAUUUUUUUUAAAUUUGCCUGAUUUCUUUUGAUAUCUUUAUCAAGGUUGUCUUCUCUGUGAGCCUGGGAGUUUCACAGGGACAGUUUUUGCCUUUCUCUAUGUCUCUAGAAGUUAGCAUUAUGUCUGAGAUUCAGUCACACUUAAUAAAUGCUUAGUGACUGACUCUAGAUGCCCAAAUAUAUCAACAGUAUAUAUUCAUUUAUUUAUCCUCUGGUUCUAUGAUUUCAUCACUGUAAAGAAUACAUUUUAGAAAUACUAUCCACCCAGUGUUGAGCUUUGGGAAUUUAUCUGUCACUUAUACUCUUGGAACUAAGGAGCCAAAUAACCUGCCCAAGGCAAAACUCAUAUGUGGCAGACAGGACUUGAUCCUAGGUUUUCCUUAUUCAUCAGGCAAUGUUUCCAAUCUAUAUUUGUGUGCACAAUACAUAAUAGUGGUUCCCAAUAUUAAACUGUAUUACAUCCAUGAUAAGCAUAACAUAUAAUUAUUCUAUUUCAUUGAAUUAAAUAUGUUAAAAAUUGCUGCCAUUUCUAUGGCACUCUAAGGUUUAUUAAAAGGCAUGGCAUUUAUCUCCAAGUACAUAUGUAUGAACAUAUGUACAAGCAUACCUCAUCUCUCAAGAUACAAAACUCUCCUGGUGCCCUGGAACAUUGUUCAAUCUUUCCCACUAUUUCAUUGGGAAUGUAGACUUGGGAGGAGGCCCCUGGCUCAUCUAGUCCUCCCUCCUUUGACAGAUGGGAAAGGUGAUUUCUGCACUUGCUUACAGUCCCAGGUCCCGGCCUCUCGGGCCUCCUGGGCCCGGAUGGAGUCCUCAGGGAACCCUGGGGGUUGGGCCCUGUACAGGGCUUCAGGCAGAGGAUACUCUUGGAAGAGGUCCCGGCGAAAGUGCAGAGAUUUCCCGCCCAGUCCGAGUCUUGAUCUCGUUCCUGCUGCAGGGAAGUUGAAGGGGAGGGCGGGGGAAAGCGAUGGAGUCGAUCGAUGUCUCUCGCCUAGAUUGCUCUUGCCUGCGCCGCCGUCGCCCCGCCCCGCAGACUCGCUCUGUCGUGCGCCGAGCUGCAGCUGCCUCGCCUGGUCCCGCCGCUCCUAAGGAAGUCUCCGCUCCGCCGGCGCCGCCGAGAUGUUUCGUAACCAGUAUGACAAUGAUGUCACUGUUUGGAGCCCUCAGGGCAGAAUUCAUCAAAUAGAAUAUGCAAUGGAAGCUGUCAAACAAGGCUCAGCUACUGUGGGCCUGAAAUCAAAAACCCAUGCUGUACUGGUUGCUUUGAAGAGGGCCCAGUCAGAACUGGCUGCUCAUCAGAAAAAAAUUCUACACGUUGACAACCAUAUUGGAAUUUCAAUUGCUGGCCUUACAGCUGAUGCAAGGCUCUUGUGCAACUUCAUGCGCCAAGAGUGCCUGGAUUCCAGAUUUGUGUUUGACAGACCUCUUCCAGUGUCUCGCCUAGUGUCUCUGAUUGGAAGCAAGACCCAGAUACCAACACAGCGUUAUGGCCGGAGACCAUAUGGUGUCGGACUGCUUAUUGCUGGUUAUGAUGAUAUGGGUCCUCACAUCUUCCAGACUUGUCCAUCUGCAAACUACUUUGACUGUCGGGCUAUGUCCAUUGGAGCCCGUUCGCAGUCUGCCCGUACUUACUUGGAGAGAUGUAUGUCCAAGUUUAGUGACUGCAAUUUGAAUGAGCUAGUGAAGCAUGGUCUGCGUGCCUUACGGGAGACACUUCCUGCAGAGCAGGACUUAACUACAAAGAAUGUUUCCAUUGGAAUUGUUGGGAAAGACUUGGAGUUUACAAUCUAUGAUGAUGAUGAUGUGUCUCCAUUCCUGGAAGGUCUUGAAGAAAGACCACAGAGAAAAGCACAGCCUGCUCAGCCUGCUGAUGAACCUGCAGAGAAGGCUGAUGAGCCAAUGGAGCACUGAUCUGUAUAAGCCAGUCUAUGUCUUUGUUAGUAAAUCUAAAAAGAACACUUCUGUCCAUAUGCCAGUUAUUAUCUAUGCUUUAAACCAGAUGCAGAGUUACAGAAUAAGAUGUUCUGAGGAAUCAGUCCCGGAUGGAUUUUUCCCAAAAACCUAACUAAAAGGUUAUAACUGGGUGCAUUUUCUUUAAGAGGGAAGAUGUAAUCAUUUUCUAGAAAGUAUGGGGUAUCAGUACUACUGUUUUUAUAUGAAGAACAUAUUGUCUUUAUGAUUUUAAAGGCAACUGUGAAAUAAAAUUGUUUCAACUGA